AAACCCGAUCUAUCGAACCGAUGCCAUGAGCUGCGUUCUCUCCGAAACAAAAACUUGAGGUAAAAUUCGGGGACUCAUUAUUGACGACACCGACAGCCAAUGAGCGCUUCGGAAAAGGGACAGCAAUGCUACAAUCGAAACUUCGAUGAAAACCUGACAUGAUGGUUUUUUAGAAAGAGGACCGAAUUUUAAAAUCCUGCACGAUAAUCUUUAUUAAUUUUCUUUGAAAUUUGAAAGAUUAAUAAUGUUGAGUACUGUGGAUGCCAUUAAGAGACCUCUUACGAUCCCAUUUCGAUUCAUCCCCUAUUUGGAAAAGCACAGAAUUAACGAGCUUUUUCACGAACUGGCAACACAAUUGCUCAUAAAAAAACCUACUGACCACAUUUUGUAUCUUAAGCAAUGCUUUCCUCAUGCAGCACGAAACCGUGACGUACCAAGGAUUAUUCUUCUGGCACCUCCAGGAUUUGAUAAAUUCUUCCUUGCCGAAUUUUUGAAGAAGGAACUAGGAGUUCGUCCAAUUAGUUUCAGCGACGUGCAGAAGGUCUCAUCUACAGAUAUACAAGCCUCGUGCGCAGAGGCUGAGUACCUUACGAAAAAUAUGAAAAAAAUGUUACGAUCCGGCUUGAUUCACUAUUCUGGUUGGAUUCUCUUCGACCUUCCAAGAAAUAAGGCAGAAGCACAAGCCAUGCAACGCGUUGGUAUUAUUCCGACACACGUAAUUGAAAUAAAAAUGAGCAAAGCACCAGAACUAGAAUGCAAGAGGGCGAAGAACGCCGUAAGAACCUUUGAGCCGCCCCUGAGAGGCUACUGUGAUCGCGCGGAAAGUGCGGAGCAACGACGCUACGUAAAGCGUCUACGAGGACUGCGCGAUGUCUACGCUGAUCUCCUGAUCGAAGUCGAUGGAAUCGAUAGAAACAUUAACGAUAUUGGUAAAAUUUGCGCGACUUUGGCCAGAAUAAGAAAACCCGUUGCUGCACCUUGUCAGUUUCGAGUGAUUCUCAUUGGCGCCAAUGGAUCCGAUCGCGAGACUUUGGCCAAGCAUGUCUCUGAGCGUUUCAACCUCGUGCAUCUGGAUUUUGCGUAUAUUUUGGAAGAAAGUCGUUCGCAAGACACCUCUCUGGGAAGAGCCUUAAGAAUAUUCGAACAUAAAUGGGGAAAGCGGCCAAAUGCCGAUAUGAGAAUUGAACUCGUUGAGAAGCGUAUACUCAGUUACGAGUGUACCAGGAGAGGAUGGAUUCUAACGGGUUAUCCGAUAACCGCCGAAGACUUUAAACUCUUGGACUUACUGUCGACACCGCCGAACAGAGUUAUUUUUCUCGAAGUAGAUUUGCUCACAUGUAGGGAAAGACUUUUGGGACGUCGAUACGACAUUCACACGGGCAGCACUCAUAAUAUUAUUCGAAAGUACGGAUGUAAGAAGAGUGACAGCCAUGACUUGGCUGUUCAUCCGAACGAUCGCCGAAGUCGAGUCGAGGAAGACAUUCGCGAAUACCAAGAGAACUUGAUUCCCUUGAUGGAGUAUGCAGGGAAAACGGGUACAGUCAUUGACGGAAAUGGGGACGAGAGGAUUGUGCGGGAGAAACUGGAGGCUUGUCUGGUAAGUGCAGCGCCCUGUGCUUCCCCGAGGAUUCGAAAACCAUCUUUCUCAUUGGAACCGGAUAAAAUCGAAUUUGAUCCCGAUGACGAGCCCGAUCCACGAAUUUUUAACGAAAUACGUGAAAAGGAAACGACUUUGUCUCUAGUCUGAAUAUAAUUAUGAAGGUCUAAGAAUAAGCUUUCAAAGAUAAAGCUUAAA